UGUCCAAACCCGGGCACCGACAAGACAGCACUGUUUCUUCACUACUUCGCCACUGUCCUGAAUUUCAUAAUCCCCCCACCCGAAUCUACAAAUCUGCACUCGCUUCACCACUCCCCUCGAAUCUCACGCGCUCCGCCCUCCGCAGCGGCGCCGGCAUUCCCCCUCGAUCGAUCCCGACCGGCGAGGCCCCGCCGCAAUGGGGUCGGUCUCCCUGAAGAUAGGCGACGGCACCGCCCGGUUCAGGCGGGCCACGAUCUGCUCCUCCGCCCUCAACCUCCUCAUGCUCCUCUCCGUCGUCGCCACCAACGUCUUCGCCCUCUACGCCUUCACCAACUCCGGCCCCGCCGCCGCCGACCGGCACCUCCUCCGCCACCACAGCAAGAACAUCUCCCUCAUCUCCGAGCAGGUCUCCCUCAUCCUCCGCGAGAUCGCCUCCUCCCAGAAGAAGCUCGCCAAGAUGGAGAAGGAGCUCCUCGGCUACGACAGCAUCGAUCUCUCCCGACCCAACAUCGCCGCCGAGCUCAAGACGUUCCUCCGGCCGCAUUCCCUCCCUCUGGGCAAGGACUCGAGGACCGGGAUCACCGAGAUGGUGGCCUCCGUCGGGCAUUCCUGCGAGAAAUCCGUCGACUUGCUGACCCAGUACAUGAGCUACAAGGUCACGGGGCCCUGUCCCGACGACUGGAGCCUUGCCCAGAAGCUGAUUCUGCGCGGGUGCGAGCCUCUGCCUCGGAGGAGGUGCUUCGCCAGGUCUAUCCCCAAGGUGGGUCUUCGCCCUUUCCCUGUCUCUCUCUGGAAGCCGAUUAGUGAGAAGGUGGUGAGUUGGAGCGGCCUUGGUUGCAAGAGUUUUGAGUGUGUGAAUACUAAGAAGUCCACUAGGGAGUGUGCUGGUUGUCUUGAUUUGGCUAGUGGGAAUGAGAAUCAGAAGUUUGUCAAGGCGAGAGGCAAGAAUGAUUUCGUCAUCGACGACGUGUUGGCAUUGGGUGGUGGGGGAAUUAGGAUUGGGUUCGACAUUGGAGGUGGGUCGGGUACGUUUGCUGCGAGGAUGGCUGAGAAGAAUGUGACUGUGAUCUCUAGCAUGUUAAACAUCGACGCCCCAUUUAAUGAGUUCAUUGCGGCGAGGGGUCUGUUCCCUUUGUUCUUGAGCUUGGAUCAUAGGUUCCCCUUCUAUGACAAUGUAUUCGACAUAAUUCGGGCAUCGAGUGGAUUGGAUGUUGGGGGGAAGCCGGAGAAGUUGGAGUUCUUGAUGUUUGAUGUAGACCGGAUCUUGAGAGCUGGAGGAUUGCUGUGGGUGGACAAUUUCUAUUGUGCCACCGAGGAGAAGAAGAAGACUCUGACCCGAAUGAUUGAGCGGUUUGGGUACAAGAAGCUAAAAUGGGUUGUGGGAGAUAAGCAGGAUGCAUCUGGGUCGGCCAAAUCUGAAGUAUACUUAUCUGCGGUUUUGCAGAAACCAUUGAGGGUAUAGCCUCCAGGUGCUUUUACGAGUGUAUCGCAAGAGGGAAAGUAGAAUCAAGGCAAGCAUGGAUAAUGUGUUCAGGGCUGUUCAUUUAGGAGCUUCAGCAAGAUAAUCAGUAUUUUUCCUUUGCAGGGACAUUGGUUGGGUGAGUGUUUCUCCUGCUCUCUCGAAACUUUCUUUUCUACUCACCGCAAAAAUGGCGAGUAGUCGAUUAUGUAAACAACUAGGAGUAUGAGUAUCCUACAGAAAAUUGGCAAAGCAAGUACUUAAGACAUUGUAAGUAGGUGUCUAAACAUCCGUAACUCUCUUUGGUCGGGAGGGUGAGGGAAGAAAAAGAGACGGCCAUUGCGCAGUGGGCUCAACUCCUGUAUAAGAACUACUCGAAAGGAUUAAAGAAUCUGACUCUGUAAUGGAGUGCCGUGAAAUCGUUUGUUUUU